CCGCGACAGACCCCGGCCGUAAAUCCGGUCACGUGGGGAGACCUGGAGUCAUGUGACAGCGGCGGCGAAGUGGAGGGUAGAGAGAGAGCCGGCUCCAGGGAGUGUCCUGCAGAUGCUGAGUCUGAACAAAGCGAAGAGGAAGUCCGUAUUUUUCACUUCUCUGUGCGUGAUUCAAAGAUUUCGGAUCUGAUGUCAUUUGCCUAGCAGAAUGGCUGACUAAGUGCUGAGGCCGUGGUUCUCUUUUUCCAGUCCGCUGUCUGUGCAGCGAUGGCGUUCUAUGAAGCCACGGUCAACAGUGACCAGCAGGAUUGGAGCUGGAGCCCAGAGGCUGAGGAGAAGACCAGUCUCCUGCGGAACCCGGCGAGCCGCGGUGGGAAACGGGAAGGAGGCACGCCGGCCCACGGGGCUGUGUUCAUCGUGGUGAAUGCUGCCCUUGGUGCCGGGCUGCUCAACUUUCCCUACGCCUUCUUUGUGGCUGGGGGAGUGGUGACUGGCAUUGUCCUGCAGCUGUGCUUAGUGUUGUUUAUCAUCGCUGGCUUGGUAAUCCUGGCCUACUGCUCACAGGUCAGCAGCAAGACCACUUAUCAGGAGGUGGUGAGGGCAGCCUGUGGGCAAGUGAUAGGCACCGUCUGUGACAUCCUUAUCGCUAUUUACACCUUUGGCACCUGCAUCGCUUUCUUAAUCAUCAUUGGAGAUCAGCUGGAUAAGAUAAUUGGGGCAUUGAUGCACACGCCUGAGGGAGAUGCUUCAGUCAGUGGCCACUGGUACAGUAACCGCAAGUUCACCAUUUCAGUCAUUUCUCUCCUGGUCAUCCUACCCCUUUCCAUCCCCAAAGAGAUCGGCUUCCAGAAAUAUGCCAGUACCCUGAGUGUGCUGGGGACUUGGUACGUGACCAUCAUAGUCAUCGUUAAAUACAUCCUGCCAGAUCAAGAUAUCCACACUUGGGAUAUCCCUACCAGCCCUUCCUCCUGGAUGGCCGUGUUUAAUGCUAUUCCAACCAUCUGCUUCGGAUUCCAGUGCCAUGUGAGCAGUGUGCCAGUGUUCAGCAGUAUGGAGAGGCCGGGACUACAGCGUUGGAGCUGGGUGGUGACAGCGGCUGUAGUGAUCUGUCUGUUUGUGUACACAGGCACAGGGGUCUGCGGUUUCCUGACAUUUGGCUCCAGUGUAAAUGUCGACGUGCUGCUAUCCUAUCCGUCGACUGAUAUCUCUGUCACCAUUGCCCGUGCCGCCAUCACCCUCUGUGUGGUCACAUCCUACCCCAUCCUUCACUUCUGCGGCAGGUCUGUGAUUGAAGGACUUUGGGUUCGUUACGUGGGGGAGGAUGUGGACCUGUCCCGGGAGAGACGCCGCCGGUUGCUGCAGACCCUUGUCUGGUUCUUCCUCACUCUGGUCCUGGCACUUUUCAUCCCAGACAUUGGGAAAGUGAUCUCUGUGAUUGGGGGCUUGGCAGCCUGCUUCAUCCUCGUCUUCCCAGGACUGUGCCUGAUUGAAGCAAAGCUAGCAGAGAUCCAGCAUGUCGAUUCCAGCAGGUGGUGGGCCUCAGUGCUGUGUGGGAUCGUCAUGGUGUGUGCAGGAGCUUUCAUCUUUGGCCAGAGUACGGUGAACUCUAUCUUCCAGGACCUCCGUAACUGAGCACCAGACCCUGCAGCCCCCUCUUUAUCCUCCUUUUGCAACGUUUUCCACAGUGGACUGGUGACCAGUUGAUGUAAUCGAAGGGCAUUGAAACGAAGCCCCAGCGCAAUGUUUACACAGAUGCUACUGGGACCUGUCAGCCGAGACUCAACUACAAUUGCCCAUGUUGUCAGAGGAUCAGACUCUGCAACAAAUUGGUGCUCUGUUAUUCCCUGUUCGGAAUGUUGCAAUCCCGGUGAUUCUGACACUUUCUUGAGCAUUGGUGUGUCACAGGAUUUUUUUUCUAACCCUUGAGGUCUUCUGCUACCUGUUUACCUGCCUCCUUUGAAAGCUGCUGCCUGUGUAGAGGAGGCAAUGAGGUGAAUCAGACUGCACUGUCUCAGCUGUGAUCACAGGAGUGUUUGUAGCAUCUUUUGGAAAUGAGUCCCCAGGGCCUAGUUCAGUGUAGCAGCUCAGAUUCCAUCUUUAGAACCUGCUCCAUUUCUCGACCAGAGGUUUGUGUGACUUUGAUCCAGUGCAGAAAGUAGCUGAUGACCAUUCCCUUUCCAGAAAGUUUGUUUGUUUUUGUCCAGAGCCCUCCCAUUUGUCAGGAGAUCUUUCUGUCCCACCAGGUGAGACCCCCUGCAAGAUUUAGACUUCUAGAUCAGCACCAAGUGGAAAUGAGUGAGUUUCUGAUCAUUUCAUUUCUGCUCGUGGUUGAACAGAGACUUUUAUCCAUGUCCAAGUCAAGCCAUGCAUUCCAAUAUGUGUGUUAUGCUUGUAUAAAGUGAGAUGAUUGUUCAAAAUGUUUGCAAACGACUGCUCCUUAUGGUGAGAUUUUUAACAUGUCAGUUCCUGAUUAAAUGGUCAUUUUGGCAGUAUAAGAAUACGGUGCUUGAGAACACCAGAGCAGACUCGAGGGGCUGAAUGACCCCUAAUUCAUUUGGUUGUAAAUUCUUUGCCUACAUCUAGGGGAUGGUCUCUCGUGGCCCAGUGCUGUCAAUGUCUCCCAUGAGUGGGAAGUGAGCAUUGCCAGUGAAAUGAUUGAAGGAGGGAGAGAAGAUCUGAUUUGUGGUUCUUGAACAGUGGAGCAGAUUUGGUUUAAUGCCACACAAUCGGGCAGCUUUCCAGCCACACGUUCCAGAUUGUAGACACUGGGUGUGGGUGGACAGCCUGUGUUUUCAGGGAGGCUCUCCUCUAAAAGCCCCAGUCAGCUGGCCAGUGUUUGUGAUCCACCGUGGGACUCUCAAAGAUAAUGACUGAAAAUCGCUGCCGUCUAAUUGUUCUCCACUUUUUAAUAAACUUUUACUAGGUUCAUCUCUA